AUGUGGUCCGUUAAUGAGGCAGACAUGGACGAGGACUGUCUCUACUUGAACGUCUGGACGCCAGCCAAGCCGGGGUCCGCAGAAACACUACCCGUUAUGGUCUGGAUCUACGGCGGCGGUUUCAUCAUGGGAUCGGCGAACCUUGACCUCUAUGACGGAAAGGUCCUUGCUAGCCGGGAGCAGGUCGUGGUGGUUUCAAUGCAGUGCAGAGUGGGCGCCCUGGACUUUCUCUGCCUAGAGGAGGCUAUGAAAAAGAAACGACGCCGGGGACGGUGA